AUGUGUGUGCGCGAGUGCGCGCGCGCUGAGGGUCCAGCAACAGCAGCAGCAAGGCUGCAGUCAACGACCCGUCAAUGGGACAUUCAGGUUAAGGACUUUUGUGGCUGCUUUGCGCGCGAAUUGUAACAUUAAAAAGUUUGUUUAAUCAUAAGCGUAUACUUUUACCUCACUGCGUUUAUUUUGCUUUUCUGAAAUUACACUUAUGAUUGACAAGGAUGGGUAGAGCGCGUGGAAUCGUUUGGGGAGAUAUCGCUGUGGUCCUGCUUGUCCUGUCUGAAGGUUCACUUGGACUUUAUUUCCCUCAAAGCGAGUACUCGGAUAGCAUCUACGUGGGUCAACCACAGGGAUCUCCGGUUCUUCAGGUCCAUUCCAUGCUAGAGACCUCUACAGAGAAGCCCUAUUUCUUCAUUUGCUGGAGAAAUCCUCAGAAACCCUCUCCUUAUGCAUCAUGGUUUCAUAUGGAUGAGACUUCUGGAGUCCUUUUCAUGAACAAAACACUGGAGUGGAGUGACUUCAGUAGCUUUUACACAGCCGGACCCUUGAAGAAGCUCACACUGAAGGUUACAGUCUCUACAAUGCCCGUGAAGAAAAUAAUGUGUAAUCUCCUACCCAAAGUAGAGGUCAGCUUAACAUUCAUCAAUGCGACGGCGCCCCCCUGUGCUCAAGUGAAGCUGGAGAAAUUGUGCUUUCCAGACAGGGAUACAAAUCCUCACAUCAGAGAGAACCGUAUGCCAGGACCCAUGCGGCAACUCCGUCGCUUCACACGCACGGGUCUUUGUCCUAACUAUACCAUCAGUUAUGGAGUAGAAGCGGACUCGCCAGUCCCAUUUGCAGUUGAUGGUUCCACUUCAGAGCUGGUGGUUACGGCACCCGUGGACCGUGAAGAGAAGGAAGUGUACCGUUUUCUUAUUGUGUGUACGGUACAAACAGAAGAGGCUGUGCACAUGCUGGACAUUCCUCUGCAUGUCAACAUCUAUGAUGAGGAUGAUAAUCCCCCUUACCUAAAUGGAACAGACACCGAAGACGUUGUAAUAGAGUUCAAUCGCAGCGAGGGAACUAUCUGUGGAUCUCUAUCUGUUUACGACAGAGACACGACACCCGUCUAUCCCAGCAACCAAAGUCAAAAUAAAUUUGUUGGUACCAUAUUAACUAAUGACCCCUGGAUCAAAAACACAUUCACUAUAGAACCUAAAUUCAGGGAAGAAAAGGCCAUCUUUAGUAAUGUGCGUGGGACGGUUCAUGAAUACAAGCUGAAGCUCAUUCAGAAUGUUUCUGUCACAGAAGCUCGUUCAUUUCAGUUGGACUAUAUGGUCAAUGACACUACUUUUCCAGGCCCGGAGGGAACAGUGAUGUUACAUUUUAAUGUUACUAUUCUGCCGGUUCCUAUUCGCUUCACCAAUAUCACUUACUACUUUGGUUUGUCACGGAAAGCCAUGACAUACUCCCAGAUUGGGAAAGUCUGUGUGGACAACUGUCUGAUGUUUAAGGGCAUUGAUGUUGAAUAUCAGUUGGAGAUAGCAGACAAGAACAUCUCUGCUGAUGCUCAGUCAUGCUACGCGGCAGUCAGCAUUGCACAGAGCCAAAAUGAGAUGUCUGGUGUCCUCUAUGUGAACGACACUGAGGCAUUACACAGAACUGAAUGCCAAGAGCUACAGUUUGUGGUUACGGCUCAGGAACAGCAGAACCAGGUGCAGGCCAGGACUCAGCUCUUUAUCGUCUUCAUCGAGGGUCAAGGUAAUCAUAUGAGGAUGGAUGAGCAGCGGGUUUUGGCUUGUGCAGAGAGGAGACAGAGGGGAGAUUGUGAGUCGUCUCGGGGCCUGGGAGCACCCACAGGCAGAUGCCAGUGGAGACAAGGCAGCGAUAAAGGAAUAUCUGCAAAAUAUUCCACGUGUUCCCCUGACCUACGCACAUGUCCUGACGGUUACUGUGAUGCCAUUGAAAGCAAAGAUAUAUCCAUAUGUCCCCAGGAUUGCACCAGUCAGCCCAUAAUCGGGGGUCAUGAGAGGGGCCUGUAUGGAAUUAAAGCUGGAUAUGGGACCUGCUACUGCUACGCAGACAAGUGCUUCUGUGAAAAAGAUGAAAUAGAGGAGGCUAUAUGUGAUGACAUGUGUAAGACCGUCAUCGCAACAGGAGUUCUUCUCUCCUUCGUUCUCUCCAUCCUUCUGUCUUCGUACUUUAUUCACCGUUAUCACAAGAGCACACCCAAGCCGCCCAUCGCUUCGGCCGAGAUGACCUUCCGUCGACCGGCCCAGUCUUACCCAAUCAGUUACUCAGCCAACAAUGUUCGGCGAGCGUCUCUAGACUCCAUGGAGAAUCAAGUAGCCAUUGACACCUUCAAAAUACCGGAAGAUCCAAAGUGGGAGUUCCCUCGGAAGAACUUAGUGCUUGGAAAAACUCUGGGAGAGGGAGAGUUUGGGAAAGUUGUGAAGGCCACGGCAUUCCGUCUUAAGGGAAAAGCUGGAUACACUACUGUUGCUGUAAAAAUGUUAAAAGAAAAUGCCUCUCACAGUGAGCUCAGAGACCUUCUGUCAGAGUUUACAUUGCUCAAGCAGGUUAAUCAUCCUCAUGUAAUUAAAAUGUAUGGAGCUUGCAGUCAGGAUGGUCCAUUACACUUAAUUGUUGAAUAUGCCAAGUAUGGCUCACUGCGCAACUUCCUGAGAGAGAGUCGGAAAGUUGGGCCCAGCUAUAUGGGCAAUGAUGCCAACCGAAACUCCAGUUACUUGGAAAACCCAGAUGAGAGAGCUCUAACCAUGGGUGACCUCAUCUCCUUUGCAUGGCAGAUCUCCAGAGGAAUGCAAUACCUGGCUGAAAUGAAGCUUGUACACAGAGAUCUUGCUGCCAGGAAUGUACUUGUGGCAGAAGGAAGAAAGAUGAAAAUAUCCGACUUUGGUUUGUCCCGAGAUGUUUAUGAGGAAGAUUCAUAUGUUAAGAGGAGCAAGGGUCGAAUUCCUGUCAAAUGGAUGGCUAUAGAGUCUUUGUUUGACCACAUCUACACCACACAAAGUGAUGUCUGGUCUUUUGGUGUACUCCUAUGGGAGAUUGUGACUCUGGGCGGAAACCCAUACCCAGGAAUUGCCCCAGAACGACUUUUCAACCUUCUGAAGACAGGUUACAGGAUGGAGAAACCAGAAAACUGCACAGAUGAAAUGUACAAUCUGAUGCUUCGUUGUUGGAAACAAGAGGCAGAUAAGCGUCCAAACUUCUCAGACAUCAGCAAAGAACUUGAGAAGAUGAUGGUGAAAAGCCGAGACUAUCUGGAUCUCGCGGCCUCCACGCCGGCAGAUGCUCUGCUGUAUGACGACUCCCUCUCUGAAGAGGACACACCCUUAGUGGACUGUAGUAACGCCCCUCUCCCUCGAACCCUUCCCUCUACUUGGAUUGAAAACAAGCUCUAUGGCAUGUCAUACCCGAACUGGCCAGAGAAGAGCCCGGUACUACUCAACAGACUCGAUGCCACUAACCCUGUCUUUACAAGAUAUGCCAAUGAUAGUGUUUAUGCAAACUGGAUGGCUUUGCAUUCUCCCGCAAAAAUUGUGGACCCGGUUGAUAGUUAAGAGUGCAAACAAAUGUCAAUGGUGGAAAAGACAUGGGUGAAGAUGUGUAUAUUUAUAUAAUACUGUAUAUAUCUAAUAUGAUGAUAAAGUUGGUUCCCUUUUAUUUCUGCUGUAAAACCUAGUGUUUAGAACAUAGGAGUGGUGGAAUAGAUUUCAAAUAGGCUGGAAUUGCAUAAAACACGCUUCGAGCAGCUUAUAGGUAAUUGUUACCACGAGGCCGAUUGGCCGUGUUGUAUCAUUGCAUGACUAUGUACAGUUUAAUGUUCAUGUUUAAGUGCCUGUGCUGCUUCUGUCGUGGAACAACAGUUAUAAAUGCAAGAUCAAGAAAACCUUGGUCCCAACCAGGAAUUAAAGGGAGCUUCUUUACCAUCACGUACUGUAGAUGUUUGCCAAUGAUUGGACGUGUUUAUUUGAACCGACAACUUUGUUUCUUCUGGAUUAUGUGUCAAGAUACAACAGAGUCAAUUACUUUAUAUUUUUUUAGGCAUAAAUUAUUCAUUCUGCAGUAACUACAAGAUUUAAAUACUGGCAAAACAGAGUACGAAAGUGUUUAAUUUAAUGUCAUAUUGUGAUUAUGUUUUCAUUCCUUGUAAAGACUUUUUAUUUGUGCAACAAUAAUGACAAUACGUACAGCUGUGUGUGAUCCUUCAUUACAUUGUUAAAACAUUAAGUUACAAUCAAUAAAACUGUUAGAUGAUGUCUUUGAUUUUUGUG